AUGGCUCGUGACAGGAAACCUAUCACAGCACGCCAGCACAUCUCUUCCCUCCUCGUCGCAUCGCUAGUCAUUGGGAUCAUCUGCGGUCCCGCGCAUACCGCGGCGUCAGUACUGGACAAUGCAAUCAACAAGGCGAACCAGAUGGCGACACAGAUGGGAGCAGACGCGAAGACCACAGAGCUCGUUCUCACAUCCAACGUGGUGCUGACGACCCGCCUCCCCGAACUCUUAGGCGCGGCCAAGCUGACCAUCAGGGGCGCGUGUGGAUCCGACGGCAUCGUCAAGUGCAUCAUCAGGGGGGGUGGCGCCUUCCCCAUAUUCACCGGCGCCUCCCCCAUAUUAUAUUCCUCCGCGUCACGAUCCACGGCGGGGCAGUUGACUCUGGUCAACCUCACCUUCCAGUACGCGCUGGGAGGCGUCUUUUACAACUUGCUGACGUCAGUCAACGCGAGUCAAUGCAAUUUCGCCCACAACGUGGCUGCUGCUGAUGCUGGCGGAGCGGUGCUCAGAGACAACCUCCCUAGAAUGUUCGAGCCUCCCGAGCGUGUCUUCACGGAGUGCAUUUUCUUGAACAACUCCUCGCCCACCCUGGGGGGGGGCGCCGUCAACAUAGACGCCACCACCUUCAACGCCAACGGCCGCACUUCCAGCGUGCCGGCUCUCUCCUUCCUGCGCUGCAUCUUCAAGGACAACAGCGCGCCCAAACACCUGGGCGGGGCGGUCAGGGUGGCGGGGACGGCCAGGCUGCGCUUUGAGGAUUGCCUCUUUGAGGGGAACAGCGCUGGUGUUUCUGGGGGAGCCAUCUACGCUAAAGACGCCUUCCUCACAUUCAUCAAAGUCAAACUGAACUACAACAAGGCUCUCGGCACCGCCACUGCCAACGGUGUCAUCGCUGGCGAAGGUGGUGCGGCCUACGCCGCGGCGUCGGGACUCAACUCCGCGGCUGCGGUGCGCUUCUGCUCGUCGACCUUCCAGGGCAACACCGCCAAGUUCACGGACGGCAGCUCGCUCUACAUGGAGGCGGGCUGGGGGUUGUCGUGGGCGGCGGUGUUGUCGAUUUGCGACGGUAGCAUGCCGACUGGCAUAGUGGUACCCACGAGUGGAUGGAAGCUGGUGACCGGUUGCCCAGCUAGUUUGCUUGCUGUCCACACACUCGCCCCCAUGCCCCCACCCACAUUCCCCUCGCAUGAACUCUGUUCCUUCGGUUCUCCUCACGUCCUCCCUCCCCACCCCCUCUGCUUUCUCCCCAUGCCCCUCCCCUCUCGCCUUUCUCCCUCCCCAAGCAGCACCUGUAAUGCUUGA